AUGUCCAUCUUAGAGACCAUAAAGAACGAAGCCGCGCUUAUUAAGCUAGAAAUACGGAGCGGAGGUGAUACUCGCGAAUAUCACCACGUAGAUUUAAAGGAAACAUUGAUUAGAUUAGGCUAUGCCCAACAUAGCGAUAAGAUGAGAACGGAGCAGCACGCCUACCGGGCUGGCCACUCGAGCAUAUCGGCUCUCCACACGGUGGUCCACAGGAUUGAGAAGCAGCUCCAGCAAGGGGGCUUUUUGAUAGGCACCUUCUUGGAUAUUGAAGGGGCCUUCAACAACACCCCACACGAAGUUGUGUGUGCUGAGGCGACAAGGCGGGGCUUUCCGGUGAAACUGGUGAAGUGGAUCCAAGGAAUGCUUGGACGUCAAGUGACAACAUCACUAGGAACG